AUGCAGCAUACAGCUUGUGGAACACUGUCUCGAAAAGCUGAUAGUCGUCGAAUAAAUAUUAUGGAGGAGAAGCAUCACGAUGACCUAGUGGAGCAAGUAUCAGGAUAUCUAGAAAAUGGAAUUUCUCUUUUGGCUUCAAGGCGGUACACCAGCCCAAGUACCCAACAAGUUCAAACUCGACAACAUGGCAAAAAAUCGGUGGAUUCGACUGACUUCUAUUUAUUUUAUUCCUUCUUCCCCCUGGCGGCUGACUAUCACUUGCACCAGAACUCCCCUGUAAUGGUCGAACGGUAUCUUCAAGUGACGCGUAAUACCAGAACCUCCCUCCAGGCAAAACAAAGUCGGAGCUGGGUUUCUAUACGGUACUAUUAUGGUAAAAGAAAUUCGCAAUUUGUACAAACCUCGACAGUAGAUACGCGUCCAAAACAAAUAGUCCGCUUGGACUUCAAAAGUGCAAAGCAAGGGAGAAAACAGGCUCCAACGUGCGACAGUGACAAGUGCAAAGUCAGAUACAAAUGGCCGGAUGACCUCAAGGUCAAAUGGGUGAAGUGGUAUGGACAAACAAACGUCAGUUCAUAUAUACACAAAACGCAAAAGUGGGGCGGGGGUUACAAAUGGGGACAAAAUAAACGUGGGGAAUUGCAUUGUCAACAUAACGGAUGA